AUGGAUCGUUUUGUUAUAAAACGCGUCUCUGUUCAGUCGUCAAGUACGUGUGCACCUGAUAAAAACACACAGGCCAACGAGCCUGGCUCGAUCAUAAGAGAGGCCGCAUCUACAUCAGCUUCUGAGCCGCCUCCCAAGAAGAAAGUCAAGUCAUGGACAAGGCAGUACAGUGACGAGUUUCUGAAGUAUGGCUUCGUCAAGUGUGAACAGGAAAAGGGAGAACCAAGGCCUCAGUGUGUGAUUUGCAGUGAAGUUCUCGCAAAUGAGAGUUUGAAGCCAUCAAAAUUAAAGAGACAUCUCGAAACCAAGCAUCCUAGUCUGGCUGCAAAACCAGUUGGCUAUUUCCAGAGAAGAAAGGAACAAAUGAAGAUGUCAGUGAAAGUUCUAAAUACAGCAACCACUCUUAAUGACAAAGCACAAUUAGCAUCAUAUUUAGUUUCAUAUCGCAUUGCAAAAGAGAAAGUACCAUACACAUGUAGUGAGAAACUUAUUCUCCCAUCUUGCGUGGAUAUAGUGAGCACGAUGCUCGAUGGAAAGUCGGCAGACAAGAUCAAAUGUGUCCCAAUCAGUGAUACAACAGUGUCACGGCGGAUAAGUGAUAUCGCAGAAAAUUUGGAACUUCAGCUGGUGUCACACCUACAGACUGCUGGAGAAUUUGCUAUUCAGCUGGACGAAAGAUCUGAGAUAUACAGAGUGCUGAAUGACUGCAUAGUUGGAAAAUACAAGCUGAACUGGGCCAAUUGCAAAGGAAUUACAACCGAUGAAACAGCAAAUAAGACUGGGAAAAAGAGCGGUGUUGUGACAAAAAUAUCAGAAGCAGCCGGGAAAGAAUCUGAUGUAUUCCGACACUGUGAGGAAGUAGAAGCAUUUAAGAAGUCAAUAAUGCUGUGGCAAGCAAGGCUUGCAGUUGAUCAACCUCUUUACUAUAUGUUCCCAACACUUUUGCAGCAUAUUGAAGAACAUAAUAACACCAGUGAAGAAACCAUGAAGAAAUUGAAAUGUGAUAUACAGCUGCACCUCCAUUCUUUGUCAAGCAGUUUUGAACAGUAUUUUCCUGAAGAAAACCUUAAGAAUAUAAGAGACAACCAUUGGGUGAAGGACCCUUUUGCAUUUGAAAAACCAGAAGCUGUUAUAGGGCUAAACCUUACACCUGAUGAAGAAAAUGAACUUCUUCAUCUGACAAGUGAUACAUCAUUAAGAAUCAGGAUGCGGUCAUCACCUCUGUCAUCAUUCUGGAUAAUUGUUUCCAAGGAAUUUCCACAUCUAAGUAAGAAAAGUAUUUUACUUUUGAUCCCCUUUACAACUACAUACUUGUGUGAAGCUGGGUUCUCAACCUUGACAAAACUAAAAAGCAAAGAAAGAAAUCGACUCAAUCCUACAGCCGACAUGCGUGUGGCGUUAUCCUCCUGCAAGCCAGACUGGAAUAAGAUAACGAAAGACAAGCAGGCACACCAGUCACACUGA